AUGAGCUGCUGAAGUAUUUUUCAAAAUUUUAGCAUUCCAAAUAUAUUCACAAAGGCAAAACCUAAAUCUACUUCCAAUAUAGAUCUUAAAAAGGAUGAUGAUUAUGAAUUUAAACACCAUUUAGCUGUUAUGGAAGAGAUAAAUAGAUACAAAAAGUAUGAUCUGCAGAGUUUAAGCGAUUCUGAUAUACAAGCAAUCGCAGAGUACAUCUACUCACUUGCAAAAGAAUCUGGAGAAAUAUAUUUUAAAUCUGACAUGUUUUAUAAAGAGUUAAGGGAAAUAAAGAAAGUCCUGCUAUUGCAAGAUAUUAGAAUCAUAGAAGCUCUUUUUAAUCUUAUUGUUGAAGCUCGAGAGCAAUUAAUAUUCAAAGGGAUUUGAGAAUUAGAUCAUGUUGUACGUCUGUCUAGAAAACAAGGGAUGCUAUGGAAGAAAAUAUUUUUAGUAUGCAUUACAUUAAUUUGUUUUUAUAUUUAG